AGAUGAUGGGGGGAUUAUUCGGCGGUGCGGUGGAUGUGGUUACUGUGGAGAGUUGCUUGCACGGUUGACAUCGAGAUGAGCGCGCAGUCGUAGCUUGGCAGAGAGGGUGGCUGCGCACAGCAUGGGCACCGGGGACUACAUCUGCGUGACCCUGCGUGGUGGCGCACCGUGGGGGUUCAGCCUAAGACAGGGAGAGGGGGAUAUUUACAGACCUUUACUCGCUUCCCAGGUGGAAGAUGGCAGUCGCGCCUAUCUGGCUGGAGUCCAGGAGGACGAUGAGGUGGUGUCGAUCAACGGCGAACCCUGCGCCGAUCUGACGCUUUUACAAGCUCUAGCACUCAUCGAAACGUCUACAAGCACCCUGCAGUUACUUCUGAAAAGAUGCAAUUUCCUCCCCUCUGAAGACAGGGUCUCAGAAGGGAUGUCCCUUGGUGAAAAGGUCUCUUCAGAGGAGAAUUUAAAAAGCACCACCCUCCACAUCAUUUCCCCAAAGUCUGAAAUCCCAAUGGAGGUCUACAUAUCUGAUCCCCAAGGUGAGGUGCUCCAUCGGGAGUUGCACAGCGACACAGAAGCUCUCUCAAGAGGUAACUUGUCAGAUGACUUGGGAGGCCAUGAGCUGGUUUUUAAGCACAACAAGGAAGUGCGACGAUGCUGUUCCCCAGGAGAGUUUGUGGAGCUUCAGGUGUCCCUGUCUGACCAAACCUUGGCGUAUGGGGGCUGCGCCUCUCUUGGGAGUGCUCGAGGGAUUGAGGGGGACUUCUCAGCAAUUGAACCCAUUCACACCACCUCAUCCCACCAUGUGCAAUGCUCCGUUAGAGAGCCGCUCGGGCAGCAUGGCGUGGUGGUCCGCGCUUCCACUGUGGAGGGCACUUUGCAGCCUCCAGAUGCAUCAGGAACGGGGAGGAGCACUCUUAGCGUGGGUGGCCCCAUGAUCACCGAAAACAUUGGGUCGCAAAGUGAAGAGGAGGAAGGAGGGGGACCCAGUCAGCCUGUUUCUACGUCUUUCACUGUCUCAUUCGAAAUUCCAUCGGACGAGGCAACUCUAGCAGAAGAACAAGAAGACUCCGAAUCAGAAGGGGAUCAAGAAAAACCCAACAAGCAUCGGGCAAAACACGCAAGGCUCAGACGUAACGAGAGUCUGUCAGAGAAACAGGUGAAGGAGGCCAAAUCCAAAUGUAAACGUAUAGCUCUCCUUCUGUCGGCUGCUCCUUCAAACCCCAAUAAUAAGGGGGUGUUGAUGUUCAAGAAACAUCGUCAGAGGGCCAAGAAAUACACGCUAGUAAGCUACGGCACAGGAGAGGACAAACCAGAUUUCAGUGACGAAGAAGACGACGUGAACUGGGACGAUAAGCAAGAAAUCCCCGCUGGUGAAUUUAGCUUUGAAACUGCUAUCGAUUGUGAAUCAAACAGGCCUUUUUUUUUGAAUGCUCCAGGUAGUAAAGGUGUGCUAACUUUUAAGUUAGGGAAGAGUCUUGUUGAAAUUAACACCAACUUGAACAACCAAACUGAGAUGGAAUGUUUGCCUGAAACCAAAGGCAAGGGUGCAGCGAUGUUUGCUCAAAGGCGUCAGAGGAUGGAUGAGAUCACCGCUGAACACGAGGAGCUCCGGCGUCAAGGACUACCUGUGGAAGCAGUGCAAGAGUUGGAGAAGAAAGUAACGGAGCAAUCCUAUAUCCAGUCUGCAACAGAGGGUCAUGGUUAUUUGGAUGUGAAUAUGCACCAACAAAACCAGCAGCAGUACCAGCAAUAUCAGGAGCAACAGUAUUAUGAGCAACAACAAAACUACCAACAGCAGCAACAGUAUCAACAAUAUCAGCAGCAGCAGUACGAGCAACAACAAUACAAGCAACAGCAACUGUAUCAGCAACAGCAACAAUAUCAUCAAGAGCACCAGCAAAUGCACCAGUAUUCUACAAAUAUCAAUGGUACAAUCCAGCAUCAAACUAAUGAAAUUCAGAGUUCAUACAACAAUCGUACUGCAAAACCUUUCACAACAGAAAACGUGGUGGCAACACCUUAUUCUCAUGGAGCAAGUGGGACCAAUCAAGAUUCUGUUGGCCAAGGAGAGCAGAUAGCUUCCCGUGAUGAGCGCAUUUCUACUCCUGCAAUUAGGACAGGCCUGCUGUCGGACUCUAGGAGAAAGAAUACCGGCAAGCCUAUGUUUACUUUUAAAGAGGCCCCAAAAGUAUCACCCAACCCUGCAUUGCUGAACCUUCUCAAUAGAAGUGACAAAAAAGGUUUUGAGUCUGGGCCUGAAGAAGACUAUCUUAGCCUUGGAGCGGAAGCUUGCAAUUUCCUCCAGUCCCAAAGACUUAAACCUAAGAUUCCUCCACCAGUUGCGCCAAAGCCUUUGAUCAACCCCAACUCUCCUCCUUGGUCUGCUCAGAUAGAAGCAGCCAACCAGGACAUGCCUCAGUGUGCUGAAAAUAGUCUGUCCACACCUGCUGCACCCCCCACCACAGAAACUGCCCCUGCUCAAGAACUAGAGCCAACUCCUGCACCUGCCCCUGAGCCUUCUACCCUUCCUACCCCUGAGGAAACCACUGCCAAUCCCACUCCAGCCGAGCAGCAUUCAUGGACUCUCCCUGAACCAGAGUCUGAACAGCAGCCUGCGCAAGUGACAUCUCAAGAGACACAUGGCCAGGUGAUUUCUGCUCAGCAUUGUGAGUCCUCUCAAAUGGCCACCUGGGGUUCAGUACAGGUACAAGCACAUCAACAGUUAGCUGCUUGUUCAUGGCAAUCAGCCCAAGUGCAACCUCAGAACCCACCUCCAAGUCAGUCCCCACCACAGCCACCAUGGGUAACACGUCAAUCUACUCAAAACCAAACGCAGAUUCAGCUAAGCUCAAAUACUUGGACCCCUCAGGGGCAACCAUCCUGGACUCCGCAUGAAGAGCAAGCACAACCUCAGACAAAUGCUCAACCAUCCUGGGCCCAGCCUCAAGAGCAGCUUCAGUCCCAUCCACAAGUUCAGCCAUCAUGGACUCUCAUGAAGGAGAAGCAACUCUUGCAGCAAACACAGGCCUCCUGGAGUCAAACCCAAGAACCAGUACAGACACAACCCCAGAAUCGAUGGAUGCAGCCUCCCCAUACAAACUCUCAACAGGAGCUGCCAUGGGUUCAACAACCUCAGCAAAAACCUCAAGUACAGCCACCAUGGGUUCAACAAGUUCAGCCAGAAAUACAACCACAACACCCUUGGGUUCAACCAGAAGCACAGCCACAACCAUCUUGGGGACAACAGCAACAUCAUCAGGUACUCCCACAAGCAUGGGCAAAUGCCCAAGUUCCAGGUCAGCCUCAACCACCCUGGGUCUCAACUCCACCUCAACCGCAACCUCCUGCCAAUCCAUGGGCACAAUCACAAACACAAGCCCAAACUCAGCCACCGUGGAUGAAUGCAGCUCAGAUACAACCUCAAGCACAGGCUCAAGUUAAUCUGAAUCCAUGGGCACCAGUUCCUGCACAUACUCCAUCUCAGACAUCAUGGGCUCCACAACCUCCAGAACAUGGUGGUGAGCAACCUAUAAAUUCAUGGGCUCAGGACCAAAGUCAGGCCCAACAUCAACCACCCUGGACACAAUCAGUUCCUUCACCGCCCACACCCCAGUCCAACUGGCAACAGUCCCUUUCAAAUACAUCUCAACAACCACAACUCAAUACAUGGCCAUCAGCUCAAGCCCAGCCUCCAACACCAGUUAAUGACUGGCGACCACAGCUACAGCAAUCAUCUUUGAAUGUUCCAUUGUCUACAGUAAACAGCCAACCUUCUCCUAAACCAUGGCACCCACCACAAAACCAGACUCCUCCCCCUCCACCACGGCGAAUGUUCUCUUAUACUGUUGGUCAAAAAACUGCAUCGCCUGUCAACCCAAUGGCCACUGUCUUAAAUCCUAAAUUGUCCCAGGGUCCAGCUUUUGAGAUGCCAGUGGUCAAAGGAAAAGGAGCUGACAUGUUUGCUAAGAGGCAAUCUCGCAUGGAGAAGUUUGUUGUGGACUCUGAGACUGUGGAAGCCAACAAAGCAAGUCGUUCAACAUCGCCAUCUGUGUCCUUACCAAAUGAAUGGAAGUAUACACCCAAUGCAACUGGCAGGGGCUACACCCUUUCUCCACCAGCCAGGGUGCUGUUCACAGGCCAGAUUUUGGCGUCUGCUUCUUCCUCUCCCAAGCCUCCAACCCAAGCCUCCACCAACCUCCCGGUGAGGCAGACAUCCCGUUUGGACAAAGGCUUCAAACCCCUCACUCCCUGGGAAGCCGCCUCCCGCCAUCCAUUGGGUCUGGUAGACGAAGCCUUUGCUUUUCAAGAUCUGCAGCAGGCUCUUGCCUCAAAUGUCCACUUUGCUGCCCGGCGUAAAACCCUACCUGAGCCACCUGUAGAGUGGAAAGGAAGAAUCAGUUGCACAACCCCACCGAAACCAGGCAGCCAGACUUGGAGCCAAAGCCGCAAUCAGGGCCGAGCUCCGAUUCCAUCGUUCGUGUCUCCGUCGAGGAGCCCUGCCUCCAGCCCGGUUGGCCUGCAAGGUUACAGGUCCCUGCCAAGGCAGUGGCAGCCUCAGAAGUACGUGGUUGAGGCUAACCAGAGACACUCUGUGUCUUCGCCUGAGAGGCCAACAUACAUGUCUGCAUACACCAGCAAUACCUGGAGCUGGAGGCGGUAGAAUACAGCCGAGACAUUUGGUAAUGAGUGUCUCAUCCCUUAUCUUUUUCACCUCUUUGAACAAAACAAGCCAAUAGAUGAGAAAUUGUGUGACAGUUUAGCUUUCAGAAUGAUUAUUUAAUGUUUCACUUAUUGUUUCAUUAAAUAAGUGACAAUGCAUGCCACAGUUAAAUGAGGAAAAAGGUGAUUAACACAAGUAGCUUUUAUGAAUGUAAAUAAAGGAUAUCUGUAACAUUCAGUUGGAUUCUAACUAGACUGAGUCAGAAACUUCUACAACUAUUGGCACCUCCUGGUUAAGAUUUGCACAAGAUCCAUAAAAAACAUGUUUUGGUUCUCUUACUGUGAGCUUUGGCUAUUUUUCAACUCCCACAGCAUUGUCCACACUGUGCUUGAUAGCCAGAUAUAUCUGGAGUGGCUCGUUUUUCACAGUUUCGUUUUUGUCAAUCAUUGCUGUUCCUGUAGAUGAGGGCAUCUUUACAUAAGAAGCUUUUUUCUUGAUCAUUUUUAUCAUUAAGUACACAUCUAUUAUACUUGAAUGGCAUGUUCUCUUGUUUUUCCAAUGUCGAAGAGUAGCAAAGAGAACAUGGGUACCGCCAUGUUUUACAAAUACACUGCAGCAAAAGAAAGUGUUUGCCUCCCAAUUUUUUUUUCAGGUUUGCUUUUCUGUCAUUUUAAUAUAAGAGACAACUGGAGUAAAUACAGUAAAGGCAGUUUUUAAAUACUGAUAUACAAGAUUCUGUAAAUUACAAAUGAAAAGUUCCUAGACACUGAUCAACUUUUUAAAAAAGUAAAUUAUUUUUCAAGCUUUUCCAUCUUCACCAGGAGGGGGAGUAAUAUUUAAGAAAUGUGUACCUUGUUGAAGGAAUGAGUAUGUUGUUUAGAAGGGAUGUAUGAGUGAGGAUGGACAUCCAUCAGCUACGUUCAGCUUUGUUAUAGAAGAUGAUUUGGACAAAUUGAUAUAUACAUGAGAAAUUAGAAAAGAUGUCAAUAACUGUGUUGUCAGCAUAAUUGAAUGACUGCAGCAGCUAAUUUUCAAUAUUUAUUGAUAGUUUCAACUUGUUCCACUUGAGUUUGGACAGGACAAAUUCAACAUUCUCUUGACUUGGGUCCAGAAAUGAUGAGUUAUCUCCACACUAAAGAAUGUAAAAUGAGGCAUAUUUUUUGUUUGUCACUCAGUUUCCAAAAGAGAAAUGCACAACCAAAAUAUAGUAAUUUCUGUGCCUUAUUGGAAUUAUUUGUACAUUACGUCUUAAACCGACCACAUUGAGCAUAAAACACAAUACAUUUGGAUGGGCACUACCACGCUAUGUAAGAUCUUUUACUGUUCAUUCAUGUUUUCAGUGUUGAAAUUUCAGUCUUUUCCUUCACCCUUAAGGAUCUGCUUACUCCUCUUCAGGGUUGUGACUGGGUCUCAAAGCAUUCAGUAGCUGAGAGGAGGGAUACCCCACAGUUUGUCAGUCCAUUACUGAACCUUCCACACAUAGUCGUAUCUGUUUCUUGUUAGAUUAAGAUCCAUCUAACUUUUCUUAGAUGAAUCUUAAUCUAAAGAAAUUAAACAUAUUUUGUGAAACAUAAAAUGCUUUCACAUUAAUCAUAUUAUGUGUUCAUGUAUUAUACAGUGUGCGUGGGUGCGUGUGCGUGUGUGUGUGUGCGUGUGCACGCGCUUUUUUUCCAUAUAAAAUGUUUACUUGACAUCUUGGGAUGGAGGUCCAAUCCUUUAAACACAGUGUAUGAAUGUACAAUUGUGGUUAAAUAGGCAUAGGUAUUACUCAGAUAAUAGAUUGGACUGCCGUACCGUUGGAGGCACUUCCAGUAUUCAGCCUGAGAGAAUGUACCUUCAUCAAUGCCGACAGAGUUUCUGCAAAGCGUAACAUGUAAGUAAUGUUAUCACUGAUUAAUUUUUCCAGCAUUCAUCAAAGUUCUUUUACAUGUCGGAUUUUUUUCAUAUCCGAGCUGCCAUGCUACAAGGAGAUUAGAUUGUUAGAUUAGAUGUAUUACACUAUCUUAUGUGUAGAAAGGUGAUGCUGCAGGAUUUCAUUUUAUUUUUUUAUGAAACAAGUUAAAUAUUCAAUGAGUUGUGUAGUUUUAAUGUUGGUAAUUACUCUAAUAUGCUUCAGUCUGCAAUGUGAGACCAAACCUGAACAAAAGUCCAAGUAAGUCAGGAAUGGAGGCUUACUUGGACUUAAUAGCCAUGUGAAUUAUGGCUGUAGGUAGCCAUAAUUCAUAGUGCUAUUUGAUGCUCUUUUUUUUUCUCCGAAGAGUUUUUGCGGCGCUAGUGGCUCGUAUUUUUCUUUUUCUUUUUCUUCCUGUUUUGGAGCGUUAUGCUUUAACAUGUGGCCAAAAUGGGUUUAAGAGGACUUGAUGACUGCCCGACUGUUUUCAUUAGUUAAUUGGAAAAAUAAGAAAAGGCUCCUUUGGAGUUUGUAGCAAAUGGAAUAAAUCAACUACAGUAUUUUGAGAGGCAACGGACAUAAAGUUAGCAUUAAGCGUUGGAUCGAAAAUUUUGCUUACAUAACAGGUUCACUGUGAAAAAGUUUUAUGAAAACUGUGUGUGGGGUGUGCUUUGAUAAAAAAUUAGUAAUCAUCUCCAAAAAUUAAAGUGUGAUUGUGUGUUUUCUGCAUAGGGUAAAUGUUUUGACGUGAUUCUCUCUGGGCAAUGCCAGUAACAUGAGUAGGAUUGAUCUCACUGGUCACUUGUUCUCACUUGAUGUUUUGUUUAGCUUUAGCUUAUUUGAUUGAUGAUUUAUGCUUCCUUCUUAUAAAGAUGUGUAAAAACCUCUAAAAUAACUCUUUCUCUAUUGCGGUAACAUAAUUAAAGUUAAGUUUGGGUACUGUUAUUUAGUGGCGGAAAUACAAAAUAUAGAAUAUACAUACAUAUUUAAUCCUUUUUGACAAAAUCAAUCCUGUCAUAAUAAUAUGUACCUUACCUUUUACACAUAUAUGUUGAUUGGGGUGCCUGGAAAUUUUUAAUUAGCAAUUCAGUUGGCAACUAUGGGGAAGAUUUUAUUAAAACUGUUUAUUUUAAGGGGUUUUGUGCACAUCUUUACCUUUUCCCAUUAUUGUGAGUGGGAAGGUUGUGAUAGCACAGGUUGCUUUAAAUAACAGCCGUAAUUCAUAGUGCUGCUUGAUACUGAAACAUACUUUCUGAAGUGUUUUUUGUUUUUUUACAAAAUAAACACAGCUAAGUAGCACUGCUUUUCAA